AUGCCCACCAGCUCCUCGGCCCUCCUCUGUGGCCCAGAAUCCCGGCGCCGCGAUCAUCCAGGUAUCGCCGUGUGGGAGGGGUCCGUGGACACAGAGACGCUGCAGGGCCGGAGGGGCCGCUGCGUCCAGCCUUGGCUGAGGACGGCGGUGACGCUGAGAGCUACACUCUUAUUAAAGCUUCUGGCUGUGACUCCCAGUGAACUGCUAAAUUGGGAGGCCACCGCGGACGACGGACCCGUGUUUUCCGUGGAGGCUGAAGAUGGGGAGAGUGAGCCCACGGAGUGGCUCGUGUUUGGGGAGGACGAAGCCUGGAGCCGGGGCGGGGCUGUGCGGGGCGCCGCCCCCAGACCCCCGCCGAAAUCUGAGUUCCCCCGCAGGUCGGCGGGCGCCCGGGGGGAGGCGCGCGCGGGCUCUGGCCGCUGGGUGCGCUUCCAUGGAGGUCUGGGCAGCCGCAGCCGGAGCCCGGUUCCUGCCUCCGACCCGUCUGUCCGCGUCGGAAUUGCCGGAGCCCAGGCGCUGUGUCCUGAGCCUGGCCGGGUGCCGGGGGCCAUGGCACUGCGCCCCGAGCCCGCGGGCGGCCGGCGCGUCGUCAUCAUCAACGUGGGCGGCUGCAGGGUGCGCCUGGCCUGGGCGGCGCUGGCGCGCUGUCCCCUCGCGCGCCUGGAGCGCUUGCGGGCCUGCCGCGGCCGCGACGAGGUCCUGCGUGUGUGCGACGACUACGACGCGGGCCGCGACGAGUUCUUCUUCGACCGCAGCCCGUGCGCUUUCCGCGCCAUCGUGGCGCUGCUGCGCGCAGGCAAGCUGCGGCUGCUGCGCGGCCCGUGCGCGCUGGCCUUCCGCGACGAGCUCGCCUACUGGGGGCAUAGACGAGGCGCGCCUGGAGCGCUGCUGCCUGCGCCGGCUGCGCCGCCGCGAGGAGGAGGCGGCCGAGGCGCGCGCGGAGCCGCCGGGGAGCCCGGGGGGCGCAGGGCCCGGACGGCGCCUGCGAGACCUGCUGGACGAUCCGCGCUCCGGACCCGCUGGCAAGCUCUUCGCCUGCGUGUCCGUCGCCUUCGUGGCUGCCACGGCGGUCGGCCUCUGCCUGAGCACCAUGCCAGACAUCCGCGCGGAGGAGGAGCGGAUGGUGGCUGACGGCCGCAGUGCUGGGCCCACCGUCCCCUGCUGUGGUCGACAGCACCCAGAGUGAGCCGUCUCAAGGAGGCGCACAC